GCAGUUCGAGCGUUUUUCUAGAAGAAGCUAAGAUGGCGGCAGUCAUGGAAGAUCAUGGCGUGGAAGAAAAUUCGGAAAUAUUAGACGGUAACGAAGCAGAAGAUGCCGAAGAUGAAGCCACGUGUAAAGAAGUAAUGGGUAAAAAGAAAAAGAAGAAGAAGAAAAAAAAGAAAGCACCAGGACCACAUGAAGAUGAAAGUGAAAUUGAUACAGGUGAAAUGACAAACCAAUUACAGCAACAGAAAUUGGAUGAUAAAAAAGAAGACAAAGGAGAUGGAGUUACUUGGAAUGUAAGAGGACUUUUACAGACUGGAAAGCUCUGCAUAGUAGAAAGAGAGCUUAAUCAAGAGAAUAUACUGAUUUGUGGCAUCUUCGAAACACAUUGGAGAGAGAGUGGUCAUUUUGAUACAAUUGAUCACACAAUAUAUGUUUCAGGUAAACUACUGGAUUACUUUGGAAUAAUAGAUUGGGUUUUGAGAUAUUUAUAUAUGUACAGUACAAUGCAAAGAUUUACAUUAACACCAGGACCACAUGAAGAUGAAAGUGAAAUUGAUACAGGUGAAAUGACAAACCAAUUACAACAACAGAAAUUGGAUGAUAAAAAAGAAGACAAAGGAGAUGGAGUUGAUGAUGAAGAUAAAGUUGAGUCAACUGAAAAUGUUGGCCGAAAGAAGAAGAAGAAGAAAGGAAAAGGAACUGGUCCAAAGCAGCAGACAAAUCCACCAACUAUCCCUGUUUGUGAUUUGUUUCCAGAUGGCAAUUUUCCAGUUGGAGAAGAAAUGAGUUACAAUGCUUUAAUAGAUGGAAAAAUGGCCAAACAGAGAUACACAGAUGAAGAAAAGCGUGCUUUGGAAAGGAUGCAAAGUGAUAUCUAUAAGGAAAUUCGGCAAGCUGCUGAAGCUCACAGACAGACUAGACAGUACAUUGCAAAGUAUAUCAAAACAGGAAUGACUAUGAUUGAAAUUUGUGAAGAGUUAGAAAAAACAGCAAGAAAGUUAAUUGGGGAAAAUGGUUUGCAGGCAGGAUUAGCAUUUCCUACUGGCUGUUCAUUAAAUAACUGUGCUGCUCAUUAUACACCAAAUGCAGGUGAUACUACAGUACUUCAAUAUGAUGAUGUUUGUAAAAUUGAUUUUGGAACGCAUAUAAAUGGUCGUAUUAUAGACUGUGCCUUUACUCUGGCAUACAAUCCAAAGUAUGAUAAGUUAUUAGAAGCUGUCCGUGAAGCAACUAAUACUGGCAUAAAGGAAGCAGGAAUUGAUGUUAGACUUUGUGAUAUUGGAGAGGCAAUUCAAGAAGUUAUGGAAUCAUAUGAAGUAGAAAUUGAUGGAAAGGUAUAUCAAGGUUAUGCCGAAGGUGAAUUUUAUGCUAUUGAAACAUUUGGAAGUACAGGUAAAGGCUAUGUUCAUGAUGAUAUGGAAGUAUCUCACUAUAUGAAAAACUUUGAUGCUGGUCACAUACCAUUAAGGUUGGCUAGAUCUAAACAGUUGUUAAAUGUGAUUAAUCAACAUUUCGGAACAUUAGCCUUCUGUCGGAGAUGGUUGGAUAGACUUGGACAAACCAAAUACUUAAUGGCUUUGAAAGAUCUUUGUGACAAAGGUAUUGUUGACUCUUAUCCUCCACUCAGUGAUAUUAAAGGCUCCUACACAGCACAAUUUGAACAUACCAUACUCUUGCGUCCUACUUGCAAAGAGGUUGUAAGCAGAGGAGAAGAUUAUUAAUUAGGUAGCCUUUUAUCUAUUAUAAUUAAUUGCAAUUAAGAAUUUGCUUUGCUUCCAUCACAGUGAUAUUUGUUAAAAAUGAUUAUUUUCAUGCUUUAUAUUUUGCUUUGCUAUUAAUUUCUGUUUAUCUUUUUUAAAAGAUAAGAGAAUAUACUUGUCUUUUUUAUUUUGCAAUAAGUUCUUAAAUAAAUGAGAGAAAUAAAAAAAUAAUAAUUAUAUAUACAUUAUAUUCUGUAUAAGAUUAAAAUUUUAUCAAAAUUGUUUUAUUAAAUAUAAAAUGUUUGCUCAUAUUUGUAACGAAUGAACUGAAUUCCAACUAUUGUGUGUCCAGAAUUGUAGUUUGCUUAAAAUUAUGCAUUUCAAUUGUAGUAAUUAAAUCAAUUAGAUAAGUGAUUGCUUAAAUGAUAAGCAGAUAUGCUAGUUGCAGAAUUCUUAAAAUCAGUUUUUUUUUUUUUCUUGAGAAAAAUAUUAGAAUAAACUGAACUCUCCAAGAGCAUAAGUUUAAAAUUCUGGACAUUAGAUAGUUUGAAAUAAAAAAAUUAAAAAGAUGGCCAAUUUGAUUGUAAUUAAUUAUGAUUGAACUGAUUACGUGAAGUGCCACUUUUUUAAUUAAAUUAUGGAUGUGCCGUUAAGAUGAUGACGAUUCUUACCGGUCUCAUAUUUUGGAUGCAAAUGUACAAUAAUUGCUUUUCAAUUGUCAAAAUAUCUGUUUGUUCAUAUUUGGCAGAUUUAUUUGCCAAAAUUUGCGCCAUUUGUUUGGGACUGGUUAAUAAAAUUGUUCAAUAAAAAA